AUGCGUGGUGAACUGGCUGUGUUCGUUCAAGAAAACAUCGAGAAGCAUAUCAUGGACGAGAAAGCUCAACGCAAAACGAAGAUAAGUGAUAUAGCAUACUUGACCGCCCUGAUGUAUCCUAACGCCAAAUGGGAGCAGCUGAAGACGAUGGCGUUGCUGUCCUUGAGCAUGUUUGUGUUCGACGACACGAUCGACAAGAAGAUGGACGCGGAUAAUGCUUCCGAUAUGCCCGAUUACGCGUCUGACUUCGACUCUGCCACCAAGCUGAGAAAAGACUCUAUAAGAUUUAUGCGGCAUGCGCUGGGCACUGAGAGCAGUUCCGAGAACAACAAAGACGAUGGACCACCUGCACCGCGAGAAUUCAGCGCCUUCGCAGACCUCGCCCCCAGGGUCAAGGCGGCUCCCGCGGGCCAGAUAAGCAUCCAGAGGCUGGAUUGUGACGUUACAGAGUUCAUCGAGACCAACGGGGAAGAGCAAAUGUUCCGGCUCUCUGGCAAAACCCCAAGCAUUGACGAGUACUGGGCCUACCGCCACGGCGUCGGUGCCGUUUUUGUCUACUGCACAUUGCACCAGCAUGCCACCAGCACCAUCUGA